UUAAAAAAGAUUUAGUUCCGUUAUUUUAGACAUCGACACAACAGGCCAUCAUUUAAUUGAUGAGAUUGUUAGCUGCUGUUAAUUGCUGCUUACUCGUAAGAUGCACAAUUUCAAUUACAUAUAAUACUUUUAAUGCAUUUGAAUCCUGGGCACGUCAACGUCAUCAGAUUCGUGUAAUUAACGUCGGAUGCUGCCGUUUGCUGAAAUCUUUACAAAAUUACAAGGCCUUGUAAUAGGUAAUUAGAACAAAAAUUGAAAUCGCAGCACUCCUCGAUUUCCUUGAUUGGCUAGACACCAACAAUGCCAAAGAUUGAAUCAUUUCGUGUAUCGCAAUCAGACGAAAUUUACGCCUUACAUUGUUAUUGAAGCCAUGCACAAAUAUCGUCUUAUGGAACGAUUUGAAAACAUUUUGAAGCGAGUGAAAAGCAUGGCGGGCGAUAGAAAGAAGGAAGUUUAACCUGAAAAGUUCAGAGAGAUUGCAAACAAAUUUAUUUGAGAAAAGUUCAACAUGAAUUGGGAAAGAUUGCAAAACGUGAAGAUAGUGUUUCACGUCAGACAUCUUUGCGAAAAGUUUUCCGAUCAAAUUUCCAGACAUCUCCCUUCUAUCACGUUUUGUGCUGUUGCAUUCCGUCCCAUUCUUGCUGAAGAAUAAAAUAAAAUGAAAGGUCUUUAGAAAAUGUGGAGCGAUGGAUAACGUGACGCAAUUGUUGAAACUGUCAAAAACUUAAAUUCUUUAAAAGAAGAUGAAUUAGUAAAUAUCAUUGAUUCUCAUUUCGAUUCUGAUGAGAAAGCUGUUACACCAACUAUUCAACGCCACGACAGCACCAGUGGUGGUGGAGG